AUGUGAGCAGUGUUUCCGCCCCAAUUGCUGCUGGAAAAUCCCAAGCGAACAAACAAGUCGAGGCAACAUGCAUCAGGGUCCCUCCUCAUUCCGCUACUGCUGCAGUACUUAGAGGAAGAGCUUGCUUCCCCUCCAAGCCUUCAGCUAGCUCCCUCCCCCUUGGCAGGGAUUCUUCCAAGUUAUAAAAACUGAGACACUAGAGGGGAGGAAAACAAGUCCACUCACUGUCCUCACCCUUUUCCCCUCUGGGUUGUUGCAGCAAGUUCCCAGGAACAGCCCUGGGCUCCUGGUUGACUGGAAGGGAGGUAGGAGGGGUGGAAUGCGUGCAUAAACUGAGCCGAUUAAAAGUCAGUGCUGUUUCAAGGCCAUCUAGAACUCAGAGAAUGCAUGUAAGAGCGAGCACGCAUGUGCGUGCGCGCUCCCGGGCCUCCGGGUUGAGGGAGAGUGCCUAGUUGAGUGAGAGCAGGCUUGUGUGCAGCCUGGGAGGACAGGGUCUCCAUGACAACCGGCCUGGCUGGCUAGCUGUGCUAGCUCUGCUCACUUGGCUGGAAGGAGAGUCUUGAAAGGUCAGAGGAAGGAGCUGUGGGAAGUUCGCAGCAGGUACUGGAGCUUAAGCCAGUGGAUCUGGAGCCCUGGGCUCCCUAAGCGACUGUGGUGUGAGCCAGCCUCUGCGGAGAAUGGAGUGGGCAAGAAAUCACCCAGACUAUCAGGGCUCUGGGUUUGCAGAGAGCCGAAAUGACCAUGACUGCCAACAAGAACUCCAGUAUCACCCAUGGAGCUGGAGGCACUAAGGCCCCUCGGGAGACUCUGAGCAGGUCUCAGUCAGUCUCUCCACCUCCAGUUUUGUACCCACCAAGAAGUCCCAUCUACCCACUCAGUGAUAGUGAAACCUCAGCCUGCAGAUACCCCAGCCACUCUAAUCCCCAAGUGCUCCUCAAGGACCGGCAUUCUCGAAAUCCUUCACCCUUAAGCCCUCAAGAUCCCUCCCCAGAGACUUCACCACCCAGCUGUACCCUCAAGGCUACCAGCUUCAGCUAUUUGAACAGAACCCCUUCAGUGCGAAAAAGAGAGGACCAGAAGGAGACUGUCCAGGGUGCAGCUGAGGAUGUAGAGGGUGUGGCUGCUUGCCUUCCUCUCGCCCAGAGCACCCCAUUUCCCGGGCCAGCAGCUGGCCCGCGGAGUGUCUUGCUGAGUUGCCCUGGUACCCGAGCCCAUAGCCUGGGAAUCCGGGAGAAGAUUUCAGCAUGGGAAGGUCGCCGAGAGGCUUCACCCAGGAUGAGUCUGUGUGGAGAGAAGCGGGAGGGUUCUGGGAGCGAGUGGGCGGCCAGUGAGGGCUGCCCCAGUGUGGGCUGCCCCAGUGUGGUGCCAUCCCCCUGCAGCUCAGAAAAGACCUUUGACUUCAAAGGCCUCCGGAGGAUGAGCAGGACCUUCUCAGAGUGUUCCUACCCUGAGACAGAGGAGGAAGGAGAGGCACUCACUGUACGGGACUCUUCAUACCGGCUGGAGAAGCGGCCAGGCCGGACUGAGCCUAGUGCCUUGCUCAGGGGUCACAGCAGCAGGAAAGAGAGCUCAGCCGUGCUGAGCCGGAUCCAGAAAAUUGAACAAGCCCUAAAGGAGCAGCCUGGCCGGGGUCUUCCCCAACUCCCCAGCAGCUGCUACAGUGUAGACCAUGGGAGGAGGAAGACUGGAACCUUGGGCACCUUGGAGGAACCAACAGGGACUGCAAGUGUGAGCUCCAGCAGCAGGGCAGGAGGAGUGGCUGGAGUUGUGGGGGAGGCAGGCCUACCCCUGGACAGGGAAGGCAGUGGCUCCAUGAAGUCAGGGACCCCUGGAAAUAGCCCUAGCCCCCAGCUGCUGCCUUCAAAGAGUUCCCUUGAUCCGACUGUGAACCCUGUUCCCAAACCCAAGCGUACCUUUGAAUACGAGGCUGACAAGAACCCCAAGACUAAGCCAAGCAAUGGUCUACCUCCUUCACCCACACCUGCUGCUCCACCCCCCUUGCCUUCCACCCCAGCCCCACCAGUCACCAGGAGACCAAAGAAGGACAUGCGAGGUCACCGGAAGUCACAGAACAGACAAUCCUUUGAGUUUGAGGAUGCAUCCAGUCUCCAAUCCCUGUACCCCUCUUCACCCACUGAGAAUGGUACUGAGAGUCAACCUAAGUUUGGAUCCAAAAGCACUUUAGAAGAGAAUGCCUAUGAAGAUAUUGUGGGAGAGCUUCCCAAGGAGAAUCCCUAUGAGGAUGUAGACUUAAAGAACCGAAGAGCUGGACGAAAAUCCCAGCAGCUGUCUGAGAACUCCUUGGACUCUUUGCACAGGAUGUGGAGUCCCCAAGACAGGAAGUACAACAACCCACCCAUGCAGCUGUCCCUGAAACCUAGCAGUCAGUCCCUGCGCAGUGGGAACUGGUCAGAAAGGAAGAGCCAUCGUUUGCCACGAUUACCCAAGAGGCAUAGCCAUGAUGACAUGAUGCUGCUGGCUCAGCUGAGCCUGCCAUCUUCACCCUCCAGUCUCAAUGAAGACAGCCUCAGCACCACCAGUGAGCUGCUUUCCAGCCGAAGGGCCCGUCGCAUUCCCAAGCUUGUCCAAAGAAUUAACUCUAUUUAUAAUGCCAAGAGAGGAAAGAAGAGGUUAAAAAAGCUGUCUAUGUCCAGCCUUGAGACAGCGUCAUUGAGAGAUGAGAACAGUGAAAGUGAGAGUGACUCUGAUGACAGGUUCAAAGCCCACACACAGCGCUUGGUGCACAUCCAGUCAAUGCUGAAACGUGCACCCAGCUAUCGGACACUGGAGCUGGAGCUACUUGAAUGGCAGGAACGGGAGCUCUUUGAGUACUUUGUGGUUGUGUCCCUCAAGAAGAAGCCAUCUCGGAACACCUACCUCCCUGAAGUCUCCUACCAGUUUCCCAAGCUGGACCGACCCACCAAGCAGAUGCGGGAGGCAGAAGAAAGGCUCAAAGCUAUUCCCCAGUUUUGCUUUCCAGAUGCCAAGGACUGGCUUCCUGUGUCAGAAUACAGCAGUGAGACCUUUUCUUUCAUGCUGACUGGGGAAGAUGGUAGCAGGCGCUUUGGCUAUUGUAGGCGCUUACUGCCAAGUGGGAAAGGGCCUCGGUUGCCAGAGGUGUAUUGUGUCAUCAGCCGUCUAGGCUGCUUCGGCUUGUUUUCCAAGGUCCUAGAUGAGGUGGAGCGCCGGCGUGGGAUCUCAGCUGCACUGGUCUACCCCUUUAUGAGAAGUCUCAUGGAAUCGCCCUUUCCAGCCCCAGGGAAGACCAUCAAAGUGAAGACAUUCCUGCCUGGUGCUGGCAAUGAGGUGUUAGAGCUGCGUCGGCCCAUGGACUCUCGGCUGGAACACGUGGACUUCGAAUGCCUUUUCACCUGCCUCAGUGUGCGCCAGUUGAUCCGAAUCUUUGCCUCAUUGUUGUUGGAGCGAAGAGUCAUUUUUGUAGCAGAUAAGCUCAGUACCCUGUCCAGCUGCUCUCACGCGGUGGUGGCCUUGCUCUACCCCUUCUCCUGGCAGCACACCUUCAUUCCUGUCCUCCCAGCCUCCAUGAUUGACAUUGUCUGCUGUCCCACCCCUUUCCUGGUUGGCCUGCUCUCCAGCUCUCUUCCCAAACUGAAGGAGUUACCGGUUGAAGAGGCACUGAUGGUGAAUCUGGGAUCUGACCGAUUCAUCCGACAGAUGGAUGAUGAGGACACAUUGUUACCUAGGAAGUUACAAGCCGCUCUGGAGCAGGCUCUGGAGAGGAAGAACGAGCUGAUCUCCCAGGAUUCUGACAGUGACUCUGAUGAUGAAUGCAAUACCCUCAAUGGACUGGUGUCAGAAGUGUUUAUCCGGUUCUUUGUGGAGACUGUGGGGCACUACUCCCUCUUCCUGACACACAGUGAGAAGGGAGAAAGGGCUUUUCAGCGAGAGGCCUUCCGCAAGUCUGUGGCCUCCAAAAGCAUCCGCCGUUUUCUCGAGGUUUUUAUGGAAUCUCAGAUGUUUGCUGGCUUCAUCCAAGACAGGGAGCUAAGAAAGUGUCGGGCAAAGGGCCUCUUUGAGCAGCGAGUAGAGCAGUAUCUAGAAGAGCUCCCUGACACUGAGCAGAGCGGGAUGAACAAGUUUCUCCGUGGCUUAGGCAACAAGAUGAAGUUCCUCCACAAGAAGAAUUAAAUGCUUUUUCCAGUAGCAGAAUUUAGUGCUUUGCAGAGCCUGGGUGAAGGCCCUGUGUGGGACCCUGUGGGCUGCUGUGGCCACUCUGAUCCUACAGACCCCACCCCCAAGCCAGUCCACCUCUGCCUUUACCAUAUCCCAUGAUACUGUUUGUAAAUAAUAUGCUGUAAGCGUUAACUGUUUCUGUAACAAGCAGAGAGAAUCUGGUAAAUAUUUGUAUAUUCCCAAAGGGCUAGGUGCUUUCCUGCCUUGCCUGAGCAUUGAUGGAGUCUUGCUGGGUGCUGGUGACUGGCCAAUUAUGUGCAGCCGACUGUCUCAGCCAAACCACUGAUGUUUCCCGAAGACUUCUGGCCUGUCUGCCCGCGGCCCCUGCUGCCAGUCUCGGGCCCUGGAGAGCAGGUGCUAUUUUAAUUAUGUACAAGAGGACUGGUUUUUGUUGUUUUAAAUUCUAGAGUUACUAUUUUUCUUCUUAGUAGUCCCCAUUAUCUCCUAAGCCUGUUUCUGAAAGGCAAGGACCACUCUGCCUCUAUUUGCAAUGUAGAGCCAGGCACUUAAGCCUGGUCCUCUCUUGUUCCACCCUCUGACAUGGUCAGUGAGUCAUGGGAAGUGCAGCUCCCAGUCAGUGGUGGCCAUGAUGCGGUACAGGGCAUGUCUUCCACCAUCCACAGAUGUUCUCAAUAAACUGUACAUUCAUCUGG